AUGAAGGUCCCCACUGCACGCCGCUCGUCGUCAGACGCGUCUGGUCACUACUCUCCGUACCCGCCGACGUCGUCGCUUCCCAACUUUUCCCAGCCCGCCCCGCCAGCUCGCACAAACUCGACACCGACCAUUCCAGAAUCACCCCUCCCCGGCCCCGAGCAGCCGACGUAUAAGGUUGCCCGCGCCAUCUCCUCAUGUACACGUUGCCGUUCGCGCAAGCAGAAAUGUGACGGCAAGCUUCCCGCUUGCUCUGCAUGUGAGCGCGCAAAGGUCGAGUGCAUCGGUUUUGACGCCAUUUCCAAGACAAACGUUUCACGAAACUAUCUCCACCAGCUGGAGCAAGAGGUUGCCUCAUUGCGCGCACAGGUCGCCUCGCUGCAGUCUGGAGGGGGCGCUGAUCCCAUCGGCCGCACGAAGCGCGAUAUCGCCGCUCAUGCUUCCCAUGCCGUCAAUUCGUUCGGAGGCUCGUCAGGCUUGGCAAUUGACCCCACACUUCAAGGACCAGAGGGCGAGCCGCCGAUGCGCUCGCCAUGGGACUCGCCCUCUGGGAUGCCCGGCCGCCGAUCCGAGUACCCCUUGCCCCCCACCCCGCUCGGCACUACAGACUCCCCCCGAUCGCCCGUCGUCGGCAGCAGCAGCAGUCGACGGUCCGUCUCGCGAGAGCGGAACCAGAAUCCUAUCACAUCUGGCGCUGCCGCCGCGACUUCGCUCACGCGUAUGGUACAGGACGCCGCGCUGCGCACUGGCCAUGCCGUUUCUAGCUCUGGAGGUGCGACACUCUUCAACUCGUCCAACGGGCGCGCAGGCGAGUCGCCUAGUGACGGCAAGGACUCGCCCGUCACCCACAUGGAUCAGGACCGUGACGGCGACUACCACACAUCGCCGGAACAUGUCCUUACCCCAAGAUCAGGGGCACUGCCGAUGUCGAGCGGGCGUGCGCCGUCUGUCUCGUCCUCGUCAGGCAAGCGGAUGCGCCGCGCCUUUGUCGUGCCCCCACUUCCGCCCCAACCUGCGGUCGAGCGCCUUGUGGCUGCGUACGUUGAUUUCGUCGGCGUCACUGCGCCCAUCAUCCAUAUCCCGACGCUCGGCAAACAGUUACAGCGCAUGCGUGAGGGCGUCGAUGUCGACGAGAGCGACGUGUUUGUCGUCAUGAUGGUGCUGGCUUUAAGCACCAUGGCAAGCUCGCGCUUCGUCGACCCCCCCGAUGAGUUGCGUACCUGCUCUGAGGCCUUCCACAACGAGGCGCUCAAGCAUCUCGACUCCGUUUUCGAGUCCCAGAACUACAUCAGCCUGCAGGCCAUCCUGCUUCUUGUGUGGUACUCCCUGCUUAACCCGGACAAGGGAUCCAUUUGGUUCCUCGUCGGCCUCGCGACGCGCACUUGUGUCGACCUCGGCUUCCAUAACGAGAAUAACUCGCAGACCGAGAAGAUCGACAAUCUUGAACUUGACAUGCGCCGCCGCCUGUUCUGGAUCACAUAUAAGAUGGACCGGCUGCUCUCGCAGUCGCUAGGCCGCCCGCCCAGCAUUCCUGACGGAUUCAUUUGCGUCCCUAUGCCGGCGGUGCAGCACGACGUUGAUAUAAAGCCCGGCCAGUACGGCCCAUACACGGGUGAGCCCUGCGCUUACAAGGCUGUAUUCGUGCACACGGUCAAGCUCCGCCAACUGCAGUCGGAGAUUUUGAACAACACAUAUGGUGUCAACAACCAGCCGCCGCCCAAGGAGGAGUGGUUUGACGACAUGUUCGAGCGCCUCAAGUCGUGGCUAUCUGGUGCGCCGGAGCCGCGCGGCACGGUGUCGACAGAAGGCUACGCUAUCUCGUUCCACAACUCGUGCUUGCUCCUCUUCCGGCCGUCUCGCGGUAACCCCAAGCCCAGUCGUAACUCCCUGGGCACCGUGCUAGCGAGCUCAAGCUACAUUAUUCGCAUCUACCGGAGGAUGCAGAUCAACAACCGCAUCAGCUGGCUGUGGAUGACGUCUCACUUCUCCUUCAUGGCCGGCCUGUCGUACCUGUACGCAUUCUACAAUCUGUACAGCCUGGGCGACGGACGUGUCCCUACCCUGGACGAGGCGAUGGUGGACAUCGACUCUUGUCUUGCCGUGCUCGAGUACCUUGCACCCCGUGUGCCCUCGGCGCAGGCGUGCCACGACACGAUGAAGAGCGUCUCUCAAGCCAUCACAGAGCAGCUCUCCAAGAUGUCCCCGCCGCGCAAGGAUGGACUCCCGCAGGCGCGCUCGCCAGGAGGCCGCUUCCGGGCCGCGGCUCUCAGCUCGGCGCGCGACGACCCGCUCCCGAACGACGCUACGUUCCCCGCGCCUUUGCCGCCCACCACUCUGCCGUACGAGCUCACGCUCCUCGAGCACCUCUUCCUCAACCCGCUUACCUCGCAUCACAAGGCGUCCGGUUACACCAACGGAGCAAAGGCAGCAGCGGCGGCGGCGCAGGUCCGCAAGAAUUGCACCAAGCCUAACGCCGCGCCCGCCGCGCCUGCCAAGGCCGAGGGCAACAUCCCCUCGAGCCUACCCCCAAGUGCGUUCCACUCGUUCGGUCCGUACGGGAUGGCUGCGCAGGUCUCUGGCGGGAACCAGAACACGCCAUCGCUGGCUAGCGUGGCGGGAGCUUGGCUCGGCACCAACGCCGGUCAAGCGGCCACGAGCACCGUUGUGCCUGGCGCGCCGUCUGGCGUGCCCAACGCGAUCAACGCCGAGUUGGCCCUCAGCGGCAUGGGCGGGGAGACCAAUGGCACUCCUGCGGCCGACGCGAGCGGCGGCGGCGUCGACCCAUCAGCAAGCUUUGACAUCUUCUCGUUCCUGAUGGACGAGGAAGGCGGGUUGAACAGCAUCAACACCGGCUCGUGGAAUGCGCUCGACGUGCCAGCAGAUUUCCCACUGUGGAGUUAA